GCCCGCGAGGGGAGACGAGGAGAGCGCAUGCGCGGCCGGGGAUGCGCUGGGGGACCGCGGCCGGGCUCGGAGGGGAUCCGGUAACCGGCCGGGCGCGGGCACGGGCUCACCGGAGAAGAGGAGCAGAACUGCAUGACGAAACACGUUAAGUAAGUUCUUCAGAUAACCAGGAUGCAUUUCCAGUGGGACUGGCUGUGCUUGGGUCUCCUGAUAAUUAGCUCAGUAACUGCAGAAAUUGAAAACGAAGAAAUUUUGGGUGCAGAUGUUGAAGUGGAGGAUUUUGACGAACAGUCUCAAGAAGCUGAUGUUGACAAAGAUGAAUCUUCCUUAGGGAUUGUAUACCAGACGCCAAAGCCAACUGGGGAAGUGUAUUUUACAGAAACCUUUGAUGGAGUGUUGACUGGGUGGAUAUUGUCUAAAACCAAGAAAGAAGACACGGAUGAUAACAUUGCUAAAUAUGAUGGAAGAUGGGAAGUAGAAGAGCUGAAAGAAAACACAGUACCUGGAGACAGAGGAUUAGUGUUAAAAUCGGUGGCAAAGCAUCAUGCAAUAUCAACCAUGCUAACAAAGGCAUUUAUUUUUGAUAAUAAACCUUUGAUUGUUCAAUACGAAGUGAAUUUUCAAGAAGGCAUUGACUGUGGUGGUGCAUAUAUUAAACUUCUCUCCAGUAGUAAUGACUUGAAUCUGGAAUACUUUUUUGACAAAACACCUUAUACUAUUAUGUUUGGACCAGAUAAAUGUGGAGAAGAUUACAAACUACACUUUAUCUUCAGACAUAAGAAUCCUAAAACAGGAGAGUAUGAUGAAAAACAUGCAAAACGCCCUGAUGUAGACCUAAAAAAGUUCUAUUUGGACAAGAAGACUCACCUGUACACACUUGUGCUAAAACCAGAUGAUACGUUUGAAAUGUUAAUCGACCAAACAGUUGUCAGUAAAGGAAGUCUCCUUGAGGAUAUGGUUCCUCCAGUAAACCCUCCCAGAGAAAUAGAGGAUCCUGCUGACAAGAAGCCUGAUGAUUGGGAUGAAAGACCAAAAAUACCUGAUCCCAACGCUGUCAAACCAGAUGACUGGGAUGAAGAUGAGCCUUCCAAAAUAGAAGAUCUUGAUGCUGUUAAGCCUGAGGGAUGGCUUGAUGAUGAACCACAGUAUGUUCCAGACCCUAAUGCAAAAAAACCAAAGGACUGGGAUGAAGAAAUGGAUGGGGAGUGGGAAGCCCCUCAGAUCCCUAAUCCAAAGUGUGAGACCGCACCUGGUUGCGGAAUCUGGGUGCGUCCCAUGAAGAAUAACCCAAAGUAUAAAGGAAAAUGGAAAGCACCUAUGAUAGAUAAUCCUAAUUAUCAGGGAAUCUGGAGUCCUCAGAAAAUACCUAACCCAGACUAUUUUGAAGAUCCUCAUCCAUUUGAGAUGACAGCUGUCAGUGCGAUUGGUUUAGAACUCUGGUCUAUGACAUCUGAUAUCUACUUCGAUAACUUCAUUAUAUGUUCAGAAAAAGAAGUAGCUGAUCGUUGGGCAGCAGAUGGCUGGGGCUUGAAGAAAUUAGUAGCAAGUGCUAAUGAGCCUGGAAUGUUUAGUCAACUGGUGACAGCUGCAGAAGACCACCCAUGGCUCUGGGUUCUUUACAUCCUGACUUUAGCACUCCCCAUUGGUCUAGGUGUGUUGUUCUGCUGGCCUGCAAAGAAAACAGAUGAAGAUAUUGAGUUCAAGAAAACUGCUAUAUCUAAGGCAAUUACAAAAGGAGAAAUAAAACCAGAGAGAGAAGAGUUAGAAGAUGAUGAAAUAGAUUUAGAAGAAGAAAAAGAAAAUGAAGAUAUUGUUGAAGAUGAGAGAAGAGAACCAGAGGAGACAAAAGGAGAGUUGGUAAAGGAUUCACAGAAGAUGGAAAGGGAGGCUUCUCCUUCAGAAGAUGAGGGUGAAGGUGGUGACGAUAUUGAUGAAGAGGAAGAAAUUGAAGUUGCAGAUGGAAGUCAAGAAGAAGGUGAUAAGUCAAAUAAAUCUGGUUCAGAAGAUGAAAUGAAAGAAGAUGAUGAAAGCACAAGUUCUGGAGAUGGUCCACUGAAAUCAGUGCGCAAAAGAAGAGUACGAAAGGACUGAGUUAUUUCCAGCUAGUAUUUUUAGGUCUAGAUAAUAGUAACUUCAGGCAUGUCACUGCAGUGGGCCUGACAGCAUGCGGGUUCCUGAGAUUUGAAGGGAGAAAUGAGACUCAUUGCGACUUAACCUCUUUUAAAGCCCUAACCUCUUUUAAACUUCCCAAACAUCGAUUCCCUUUUUUAAGAAAUACCAUCUGUGAUGAGUUAGCUGAUGCUUCAAAUCUGGAAUAAAAGUGAAAUUGCAAGUUGGCUAACUGAUUUAAAAAUGAAGAUUCUUAAGAUUUGAGGAUUCUUAGAAAUUAGUAUUAGUUGGAGAUAAACUUUUACUCUAAAUAUUUUUAAAAACAUGAGUAAAUUAUAAUAUUUUUGCAGCUCUAGCACAUAUUUUAGCUGCUGACACAUUUCAGCUAGAAGAGGAUUGUGGUAUAGAUGUAGCAUCUACAGCAGUUCACACUGCUAAGAGAAAAGGUGUUUUUUUUUCCAGUGCAGAGCUAAAUGCAAUAAUUGUUUUUGUAUGAUGAUUUAGUGCUGGUAAAAAUUUUUAUUGUACAUUAUUUAUUUCUGUUGAUACUGUUACAUAGGUAGUCAUCUGUUCACUUUAGACAUUGGUUACAAUAUUUUAAGAGCUAUUUCAAAAUAGAAUAUUCAUAGAACAAGUGGUUAAUUGAUGUGACUUGUUUUGCUUUUUUGAAUGCAGAUAUCAAAUCUACAGAAGUGAAAUACAAAUGAUUUUUUUUCAAACUUUUAUAGCUCUCAUGUUCCAAGCUGGAACGGUAUAGGCUUUGUUUAUGGAAUAAUUGCUAAGUGUACAUUACAUCCUGAAAAUAUUUAAUAAUUCUUGCUUAACAUGAAAUUUAUUAACAUAGAUAUAAAUUUUUGAUGGAUUAAGGCUUUUUUUUACAGAUGUGAGUACCUGGGCAUUCUCUUAAUAUAGUUUAAAUAAACUGAGUAUCAUAAGAGAAACUUUGUUUUGUUACCAUGUUCAACUGUAUAUUGAAAUAGUUCAACUGUAUAUUAAAACAAACAAUAAAACCCGUUACUGGAA